AUGUCUUCUAUUUCUAAUUCAUCAAUUGAUUCAUGCAAGUUUCACUAUGUUCCUCGACAUGGACGUUUGACGCCUGAAGAGAAAUCUUCCUUGGAUCGACAUGCCCGAUCAAUGGCUGAGCUUAUGAUGCAGAAACAAGACAGCUACCGUUAUUAUGAAAGAAUGAAGAAAUUCGACUCGGAUGACAAUAGUUCUGGAUUGGGGAGUUGCUCUAAUGAUGGAUCUUACAAUCUGCGCGAACUUCGUCCGAACCCACCUGAGAAUUCCACUAAGCUCCAGAAUGUUAUGAACUGGCUCGCCACAUCUUCUGACAUCCCUGUUACCCAAUCGUCUGGUGCUUAUCAUUCUCCAUCUUCUGCCCAACUAGUUCCAAAUCCACUCUACGAUCCGAACUAUGCUAAGAAGGUGGCCAAUCCACAUCAGAAUCAGGGAUCUUCGUGCUAUCAAUCGGUUUCCAAAACUCCCUCCACUCCACAAACUGGUUUGAUACCAAAUCCAUUCUACGAUCCAGUCUAUGCUCAGAAGGCAUCAAAUUCACAGCUGCGACAAGUGCGAUAUGCUCCAAACUCUUCCUACAACCCAUCGGUUGCUCCAAAGUCAUCUGCUCCACCAGUUGGCCUGAUUCCAAAUCCAUUCUACGAUCCAACCUAUGUCAAGAAGUCGAACAUCCUAAACUAA